UUCAUAGCGUCACCGGCAUGAUCGGCUGAGGAGAGGGCAGCCGUGAUCUCUGACCUCCUCGUACAUUACAGACAAACAGUUUAACUUUUAUUUGACCAGACCACAGUUUCAUCCUGGAAGCAGUCUGCUCUGUGCCCCCUAUCAGGGUGGCCGAUAAUGUUGCUUCUAGAAUCCUGGAGGAGGGUUACAGCGGUUGCCAGUCGUGUUCUACCAGCAGGAGGUUGAAGGAACAAGGAGAGGAGAUGCGGCAUCGAAGUUCCAGAGGACCCAGUGCUUAUAUCCCUGUAUCACAGCUAACUGGUCCUUAUGUUGGUGACAAUAUUGCAGCAGUUAUGGGCCUACAUCCUGAUUAUCUGCAUGUUUUUUGGAAGACACAGCAUCAGCUGCUGCGUAUGGACGGAGCUCUUUCCCUUCCGGAGAGACACUAUGUGGCAAUAAUGGCCUCUGCUCGACAUCAGUGCACCUAUCUUGUGUCUCUUCACUCGUCCUGCUUUCUGCAGGUUGGAGGGGAUCUCCGUUGGCUGGAAGGAUUUGAUGCUGCCCCUCUGAAACUGCGCAAGCUUAAUGACCUCAACAAGAUCCUUGCUCACAGGCCGUGGUUGAUAACCAAAGAACACAUUGAGAUUCUUCUGAGCUCACAGGGGGGCCACUCUUGGUCUCUUGCAGAACUAAUCCAUGCUCUGCUGCUGCUUACUCAUUUUCAUGCACUUUCUUCUUUUAUCUUGGGCUGUGGAAUUUACCUUCCAGAGGAUAAUAAUGCUGUUCCGCGCCCUCCCUCUCCAGACAUCCCUCUUAGCGAGGGCAGCAGCACAUUGCAAGAGGCAGAGCGAGUCCUUGCUGAGAUAAAGAAACUGGAUGAGGAAGGAGAAGAGACCAGCCAAGAAGAAAUGGAAACCAGGUUCGAGAGGGAGAAGAGAGAAUGUGCAAUGGUUCCAACCAAUGGUGAUAACAGUAAGCCAGUGUGCUUUCCUGGCAUCCUGCGCUUUUUGGAAGACCCAGAUUUUGGCUACAUAGAUUUUACUCGUCGGGGUGAACAGGCUCCGCCUACAUUUCGUGCCCAUGAUUACACAUGGGAAGAUCAUGGUUACUCGCUUCUACAGAGAUUAAAUCCAGAAGUUGGACAGCUGCUGGAUGACAAGUUCCAAGUGGCCUUCAAUCUAACUUACCACACUUGUGCGACUCAUUGUGGUGUGGACACGUUCAAAUUAAGACGUGCAAUAUGGAACUAUAUACAGUGCAUUUAUGGAAUAAGGUACGAUGACUAUGAUUAUGGAGAGGUGAACCAGUUGCUUGAGAGGAGUCUGAAAGUUUAUAUGAAGACUGUCACAUGUCACCCAGAGAGGGUGACCCGACAGCUGUAUAAUGACUUUUGGAGACAGUUUAAACACUCAGAAAAGGUUCACUUGAACUUUCUUCUGCUAGAAGCUCGACUGCAGGCUGCUUUGUUGUACAGUCUCAGAGCCAUCACACGCUACAUGACGUGAGCUUCUAAGUGUGAUAUUGCCGGAUUUAUUAAGCAAAGCAAUUGGUAAAUGGCCUUAAGGACCAGAACUAUCCAAUAAUUGCUGUCUCCAAGCAUAUUUGCACUAACUUGGCUAAGCAGUCUUCACUUAUGAGAAGAGAGCUUCUAAAUCUGCUUUAAGUGGAAGGGUUUCCUCCUUGUUCCUGAAGAAUGGAGGUCCCUAAUUUUCUCCAGGUCUAAAUGUAGCAAGCUUUGUCAUUUUGCAGGAAACUCCUUACACUCCCUUGUGUUCACUAAGGAACUGUGGCUACGAUUGCACUGCUACACCUUUUGGAAUGUUGUGCACUGUUUACAUUUGGUAUGAUAUGUUAGACAUACAUGUUUGUAUGUAUCUGCUGUACAUAUACGUGACACUCACCAGUGCAUACUUCUACACUACUUUAUGCAGCAUUGAAGAUGCAAUAAUUACUUUAAACUGCUACACUGAUGCAUAAUCUGCACUAACUCCCCCAGCAUGGUCCAGUCCUUUUCAUUUAGUCUCUUAAUAAGAAAUGGUGUUUACACGGUGCUGCCUUAAAUAAUGGCACCAUUUUAUUCUAGAAUCUUAAUCCCUUUCACUUAUAAAGUGGUAUGUACACACACACACACACACACACACAUAUUUAUAUAUUACAGGAAUUAUUUCCACCUUGAGGCUUUUCAGCUACUAGAAGAUUUGGGAAUGCUAGAGGGCCACAAGUUGGACUCUGCAAUAUUUAAACAGCAAAACUUUGUACACCCCCUCCCCAGUAGUCUACCUCUUUCAAGGCACCUUUUUAACAGUGAGUUUUAGACUGUGAAGUACAUUUUCUCAGGUUACUGAUCUUGUUGAAUGUUUAUCUUGCAGGAUUAGCAAAAGGGGGCUGUGCAACCCUUUUAACUUAUUUUUUGAUUGUUUUCUUUCACAAAUUUUGAUGAAACAUUUUUUUUGGUAGUUUGUUAAACCGUGUGAAAUAAAGAUUUUGGUUAUA